AUGGGAUUUGGGAGUUUCUUAGGGAUGAAGAUGAUUGAUGUACCGUUGAAGAUUGUUUAUUAUGUUCUUGAUCAUUUUAAUUUUGAAUCUUUGGAGGUGGAGUUUGAUAAUUGUGAAGUUAGUGUUGAUAGUAAGUCUGUUCAAGAGAUGUUAGGAUUACCAUCUGGUGGCUCAUUACUUUCAAACAUGGAUUACAUUUCGGAGAAUAAUGAAGAGAGUUGGUUUGAGUGGGAAGAAAAACAAAGAGAUAUUGAUUUAAGUAGCAUUGACUGGUGCGAUUACAUUGUGGAUUGUUUGGUAAGGACGAAGAAGGUUUACAAUCCAGAGAAAGAAUCUUCUUUCUUUUAUGGACCAGCAGCAUACCUUAUGAGUGGAGGAUUUGGAUGUGGACAUGUUAAUGAAGCAUAUGUUGAAGAAGAAUUUCAAGAAUCUGAGUAUAAUGAGGAGGAAUCUGGUGGUGAUGAGGUUGAAUCUGAUGGUGAAGAGGAUUUAUGUGAUGAGGAUGAAGAAGAUUUUGAUGUUAAUAAAGUUAGUGAUGUGGAGGUGUAUGAAAGUAAAAUUUCAUGUAUGUAUCAGAAGAUGGAGGAUUUGAAAAAGGAUCUUGUUGUAAAGAUAGAUGAGGGAGUGUUGAAGUUUCCUCAAAAUUAUGGGAAUGAUUUUCUUAGUGAUGAUGAAAAUGUUGAAGAUUAUGAUCAAGGGAAAUGUUCUGGUGGUCAAGGGGAUGGAAGUGGUCCACAUGAGGGCAAUAUUGGUAAAAAUCAUGUUGAAGGUAAAGGUGAUGAUGAUGAAGAUGAUGAACAAGGAAAUGGAAGUGGAUGUAAUAAAGAAGAGGCCAUGAAUUUAAAUUCUGUUGUCGAAAAUGUUACUAAGAGUGUGGGUCUAAUUGAUAGCCAGGAAGGUGUAUCUUUUAGUCAAUUUAUUUGCGAUCCAGUUGUUGAAAGUUUUCUUAAAACUUUGGAUCAAGGUACUGAUGGUUGUUUAAAUCAGAAACUAGUUGAAGAUGAUGUGAAUUUGAAUUUGACUGGUAUUGAUGAUGCAAAGAAGGAUGGAGAAGGUGAAGAUGUUGAAGAUUGUUCAAAUAAAAAUAAAGAUGGAGAAAAUCUUGAAGAUGUUCAAAAUAAAAACAAGGAUUCAAAUGAGACUCGAUCAUUGAAAAUGAUAUUUUCCAAGUUUUAG